AUGAGAGUAACUCCCCUGUUCCCAGGGAGUGUUGAGAGAACAUAUAUAAUUGUGGUUGACCAGGGGCCUCAUCUAAACAUGAGCUGUUCCAAGAUGGAAUCAAGAGGUGAUGAGUGGAAGAUGAGGAUGCGACAGCUUAGGGGGGUGUCUCGAAACUACAAGGUCAACGACUGGAGGAACACGGUUAAGAAAGGAAUACCUAACAAGCUUCGAGUUAUUUCCCUGGUACUAGAUAGUCGAACUUACGGAGCGUUUCAACAAUAA